GCGGCGGCGGAGGCCCGGGCGGGGCGUUUGGUUUCGUUUCUGCACCGGCUGGAAUUAGUGUCGACGGUCAAAAUGGGAGUCCCCAAGUUUUACCGAUGGAUCUCGGAGCGGUACCCCUGCCUCAGUGAAGUGGUGAAGGAGCAUCAGAUUCCAGAAUUUGAUAACCUGUACCUGGAUAUGAAUGGAAUUAUACAUCAAUGUUCCCAUCCUAAUGAUGAUGAUGUUCACUUCAGAAUUUCAGAUGAUAAAAUCUUUACUGAUAUUUUUCACUACUUGGAGGUGUUGUUUCGAAUUAUUAAACCUAGGAAAGUGUUCUUUAUGGCUGUUGACGGUGUGGCUCCUCGAGCAAAAAUGAACCAGCAACGUGGGAGGCGUUUUAGGUCAGCCAAGGAGGCAGAAGACAAAAUUAAAAAAGCAAUAGAAAAGGGAGAAACACUUCCUACAGAAGCCAGAUUUGAUUCCAACUGUAUUACGCCAGUUUUCCUGUUUAUAUUUUCACAGCAUUUGAUGACCAGUGAAGACUCUCCAAUUAUAGAAUAUUAUCCACCUGAUUUUAAAACUGAUCUAAAUGGGAAACAACAGGAAUGGGAAGCUGUGGUAUUAAUACCCUUUAUUGAUGAGAAGCGAUUGUUGGAAGCCAUGGAGACAUGUAACCACUCCCUCAAAAAGGAAGAAAGGAAAAGAAACCAACACAGUGAGUGCCUCAUGUGCUGGUAUGAUAGAGACACAGAAUUCACCUACUCCUCUCCAUGGCCAGAAAAGUUCCCUGCCAUAGAACGAUGUUGUACAAGGUAUAAAAUAAUAUCAUUAGAUGCUUGGCGCGUAGACAUAAACAAGAACAAAAUAACCAGGGUUGACCAGAAGGCGUUAUAUUUCUGUGGAUUCCCUACUUUGAAACACAUCAAACAUAAAUUUUUUUUGAAGAAAAGUGGUGUUCAAGUAUUCCAGCAGAGUAGUCGUGGUGAAAACAUGAUGUUGGAAAUCUCAGUGAAUGCAGAACCAGAUGAACUUAAUAUAGAGAACAUAGCUUCAUCAGUGCUGGGGAAGUCGGUCUUUGUUAACUGGCCUCAUCUUGAAGAAGCCAGAGUCGUGGCAGUAUCAGAUGGGGAAACUAAGUUUUACAUAGAAGAACCUCCAGGGACACAGAAGGUUUAUUUGGGAAAAACUGCUCCACCAUCUAAAGUCAUCCAACUUACAGAUAAAGAACAAUCGAACUGGACUAAAGAAAUACAAGGAAUUUCAGAACAAUAUCUAAGAAGAAAGGGAAUAAUUAUAAAUGAAACAUCUGCUGUUGUGUAUGCUCAGUUGCUCACGGGUCGCAAAUAUCAAAUCAACCAGAAUGGUGAAGUUCGUCUAGAAAAACAGUGGUCAAAACAAAUUCUUCCGUUUGUUUAUCAAACUAUUGUUAAGGAUAUCCGAGCUUUUGAUUCUCGUUUCUCCAAUAUCAAAACAUUGGAUGAUUUGUUUCCUCCCAGAAGUAUGGUCUUUAUGCUUGGAACUCCUUAUUAUGGCUGCACUGGAGAAGUUCAGGAUUCAGGUGAUGUGAUUACAGAAGGUAGGAUUCGUGUGGUUUUCAGCAUUCCAUGUGAACCAAACCUUGAUGCUUUAAUACAGAAUCAGCAUAAAUACUCUAUAAAGUACAACCCAGGAUAUGUGUUGGCCGGUCGCCUUGGAGUGAGUGGAUACCUUGUUUCAAGGUUUACAGGAAGUAUUUUUAUUGGAAGAGGAUCUAGGAGAAACCCUCAUGGAGACCAUAAAGCAAAUGUGGGUUUAAAUCUCAAAUUCAACAAGAAAAAUGAGGAAGUCCCUGGCUAUACAAAGAAAGUUGGGAGUGAGUGGAUGUACUCGUCAGCAGCAGAGCAGCUUCUUGCAGAGUACAUAGAGAGAGCACCAGAACUGUUUAGUUAUAUAGCAAAAAACAGCCAAGAGGACGUGUUCUAUGAGGAUGACAUCUGGCCUGGAGAAAAUGAGAAUGGGGCUGAGAAAGUUCAAGAAAUUAUUACUUGGCUGAAAGGACAUCCUGUCAGUACUCUGUCUCGGUCUUCUUGUGAUUUACACAUUCUGGAUGCAGCCAUUGUUGAAAAAAUUGAGGAAGAAGUUGAGAAAUGCAAGCAAAGGAAGAACAACAAGAAAGUCCGGGUGACAGUGAAGCCCCAUUUGCUGUACAGACCUUUAGAGCAGCAACAUGGAGUCAUUCCUGAUCGAGAUGCUGAGUUCCGUCUCUUUGAUCGUGUUGUAAAUGUAAGAGAGAACUUCUCGGUACCAGUCGGCCUUCGAGGCACCGUCAUUGGAAUUAAAGGGGCUAGUCGAGAAGCUGAGGUACUAUUUGAAGUACUAUUUGAUGAGGAAUUUCCUGGAGGCUUAACAAUAAGGUGCUCACCUAGUAGGGGAUACCGACUGCCAACAAGUGCCUUGGUGAACCUUUCUCACGGGAGUCGGUGUGAAACUGGAAAUCAGAAGUUGACAGCCAUUGUGAAACCACAGCCAGCUGUGAGUCACUGUAGUGCAAACUCAUCAGUUCCAUCUGGGCACUUGGGAGGCCUCAACCACUCUCCUCAGUCGCUUUUUCUUCCUACUCAGGUACCUACUAAAGGUGAUGAUGAAUUUUGCAACAUUUGGCAAUCUCUACAGGGAUCUGGAAAAAUUCAACACUUGCAGCCAACAAGACAAGAGAAGGGUGCAGUUCUACCUCAAGAAAUAAGUCAAGUAACUGAACCUCAAAAAUCUGGCUUUAAUGACCACAGUGUCAGACAUCAGCAAAGAAAACAUGACCCUCACCGAAAAUUUAAGGAAGAAUAUAAGAGUCCUAAAGCUGAGUGUCAGAAUCAAAAGUUGUCCAAUAAACAGACUUCUGGAGGGUCUGCCAGAUGUAAUAUUAAACUAUUGAAGAGAAAUGAAAGUCCAGGAACUUCAGAAGCUCAGAAGGUUGUGACUAGUUACCCAAAUGCAGUUCAUAAGCCUCACUUUGGAAUUGAGAACUUUUUAGCAUCUUUGACUGUCUCUAAGGAGAGUGAAGCACAGUCACCUCGUCAUGGAGACUCUCCAGAUGAGGAGCAUCUGUCACCGCAGUCCUUUGCUAUGAAAGGAACACGGAUGCUUAAAGAAAUUCUGAAAAUUGAUAGCCCUGACACAACAGACAGUAAGAAUGAUAUGAAGAAAUUUGAUAAUGAAGUCACUGUUUCUUCUAGUAGAAGAGAUGACCAUGGACUGUCAUCUCAUCCUAAGCCAAGUAAGAAGCUGGCAUGCCAUAUGAACAAGCCUCAUGCUACUAAUGAGUACCAAAACGUGGCCUCUGUGGACAGUGUGUGUUGGCCCGGCCAGAUGCCUCCUGUGUCCACACCAGUAACUGAGCUUUCACGAAUUUGUUCCCUUGUUGGAAUGCCACAACCAGAUUUCUCCUUCCUUCGAACAACACAGACAAUGACAGUUUGUCAGGUGAAAUUGUCUAAUGGCUUACUGGUACACGGGCCCCAGUGCCACUCGGAGAGUGAAGCCAAGGAGAGAGCUGCACUCUUUGCUUUACAACAACUGGGCUCCUUGGGUGUGAAUUUUCCUUUGCCUCCACCAAUAUUUACAAAUUAUCCUCCUGCGGUACCACCUGGAGCCGUCCCUCCUGCAGCCGUCCCUCCAGGAGCCAUCUCUCCUGUUUUUCCCCAACCUACUGCUAAUAUAAUGCCUUCAUCAUCUCAUAUCUUUGGCUCAGUGCCAUGGAGACCACCAGUGCCCGUUGCUGGGAAUGCCUUCCACUGUCCUUCAUAUCCUGGAACCAUGCCCGUGGCUGGAGGGGUGCCAGGCGGAGUGCACAAUCAGUUCAUACCUCUGCAGGUUACAAAAAAAAGAGUUGCAAACAGAAAGAAUUUUGAGAACAAGGAGGCCCAGAGUUCUCAAGCCACGCCACUUCAGACUAACAAGCCUGGGUCUUCUGAAGCCGCCGACAUGACUCCACAGAAAAGUCCCCCAGCCUCUUCCACAUCCUCUCAGGCUGCUGCUCAGCCUGCGUCUUCUCGUGUUGAAACUGCCUCCCAAGGCCAUGUUGUGUCCCACCAGAGGCCAGCGCCGAGCUCCUCAAGAAGGAAAUCAAGAAAACUGGCUGUCAACUUUAGCGUUUCUAAACCUUCUGAAUAAAUUUGGUACCUGGGAAUUAAUUUCUUUUAUCUCCAUCUACCUUUUUAUAAAUUGAUAUCUAUGUGUCAGAAAUGUACUAUUUUAGGAUAUGUUUAGAUUAAAUAUUUUUUAUUUUUAAGUUAUCAGGCACUUUUCAUGCUAUUUAAGGCUGUAUAUCAAAUUGUGCACUUUAAAUAUGUGCAAUUUGUUGUACAUCAGUGAUACCUCAAUAAAGCUGUAAAAGAAGAGAAAAUUAAAUCUUGUAUUAAAAUAAAUAUCAAACUGAGCAUGAUAAUUACCUAUGAACAUCGUGCUUGAGAGGCUGAGACAGAAGGAUUGCCAUAUAUUCAAGGUUAGCUAGGGCUACAUAGUGAGUUCCUGGCCAGCCUGAGACCUUGCUUCAAAAGCCAAAACUAGAGUAAAUAUGAGUGGUGUAAAUGUUGACAUGCACCUCUCUAGCCAUUGGCUUCCUCAUUGGAAGGGUCCCUGAACUAUAAACCAGUCAUUAACUUACCAUGAUGAUAAGCUUUUUACACCCUUAUUGAGGGAUAACUAAUGCAGCAUGAAUUAGGCCUAGUCAUUUACUAAGUAUGGGUUUGUUUGUUUGUAAUGAUGGAGCAACGUGACUGGAGAGUGGCCCGUACUCUGUCCACGGCAGUCUGUUGCCAAAGUCAGUCCCUCGGAUGCUGUGGAGCCAGCUCGCUUGCCGGCCGUGGCCAUGGAGCCCUCGAGCUGGCUGGUGCGGCCAGUGCUGCUUUGUUCUACAUCUUGUACCAAAGCGACUUUAGAAGACUCUCCAGGGCAUUCAUCUGACUGCUUCAAACUAGAAAUAACACUCUAGAUUUGAAAAGUAAUGAAAUUUUUUUAGAUUAUUCAAGAACCAGCAUUCAGAAUUCCUAAUAAAAUUAAGUUUCAAAAUCUACAGGGUACAGUGAUUACAAAUCAGUCUUUAAAUAGAGUACAGAAUAUUCAUCACUAAUCUUUUUUAGGCUUCUUGGGCUAUAUUUGCUUUUUGAUAUUUUUCUUUUGAGAUGGGGUCUUGCUGUGUGGUCCUGGCUGGCCUGGUACUCAUGGCAAUCCUCCACAUUCUGAGAUUCCAGCGUAUAUCACCACACCCCCUUGUGUGGUUUUUUCUCUGCUUACUUCACAUAUGUGAAAGCUCAUUGUGGGUCUAUGUGUAGAGAGCUUCCUGGGACUGGUAAAAAUGUAAACUUUUUAAAAAUUCCAAGAUGUCUUUUUUUGUGGACAUUAUUACUGCCUAUCCCAUUCUGGUUGCGCAUUUUAGCACCUGCUGAACUGCUCAGUGAUGUCACAUUUUGUCUCUGCAUGUCACUCAUGGGUGUGUGUUGUUCACACUGUUGAAAUUAUUUGGAAUUUAUGAAAUUUUCUUAAGGACAUCAGGGUGUGCAUUUAUAUAUAAACAUAUAUUUAUCUUUUAGUUUUAUGAUAUGCUUAUAUUUUUAAAGAGUAAAAUGAUCAGACUUUUUAAAAAGUAGGAACCAGUCUUUAUAUGGAGCUGCUUAUUGUUAUGUGUGAUUUAAUUUAGGUCAUUGAAAACUCUGCCAUAAGUCUUAAAGUAGUCUUACUGUUUUUUAAAAUCCUGAUGUUGAUUCCUUUCUCUGCUGCUUUCAGUGUUUUUCUCAGUGAUGGCAGAUGUAUGUAUACUAGUAGUGCCUUUAGUGUAAGAGGCAAUGAUCAUCAUCUUUCAUUUCUAUGGUCAUGUGAAGUUCUGUAACUUUGUUUUCUGUCAGCAGAAGCUGAGCUGUGUGUCAGUGGGCAGUACUGGGGCACCGUGGGAAGGCUAAGGCCCUUUCCGGUGUUUGUCUUUGUUGCUCACAAACUCUGCUUUCAAAGGAAGCAUCCAUUGCAGACGCAAGGGGAAGUCCAGUUAUGACAGUGCUGUGGUAACUGCUUCCAAGACCUUUAAAGUGUGUGGUAUUUGUUACCUCACUUACAUUUACUGUCUGUUCCCCUACCCCUGUGGAUGAGUCCACCAGGUGUACAAGCAUAUCCCCUGUAGAACACAGAGGAAGUUGUUCUGAAAAUUCCAUGAGAAAUUUAGUAAACACAAUGUUAUUGAACCUGUUAAGAUAUUUCUCUAAAGUCUGAGCACAUCAAGCUAGUGAUUCUCUAUGGAAAGCCAGGAAGAGUAGUUGAUCUUCCUGGCUAAAAAUAAAUAAAGUCUAAGGGUCAAGCUUGCAAAGAAAAGAAGAGAGAAUUCUGUACUGGCAGACAGGGAGCAGUGUGGCAUACUCUCUGUUUCCUUCCCCUCAAUGUCCUAGUCCAAACACAGGCCUGAUGUCUGAAGUGUGCAGCCUCUGCAGGGUGUGAGAGGCCAAGACUGCCUUAGCAGCAGGCUACUGUGAGGACACUGGACCUUGUGGGAGCACAUCUCUGAAACACACUUGGGCUGUGUUUUCCCCGGAUUGUCUGUUUCCGUGUAACUAGAAAAGUUAUUUGAUUAAGCCUUCCUCUCCUCGCUGGAAAUUAUUGUAAAUAUCUUUGUUCAACAAGUCUUUCUUUGUUAAGCAAAUUAAGUUCAUUUGAAGAUGGGUCCUUUCAUCCAUGGCUCCCUUUCACAAUUUUGUACAUUACCUGGUCAAUGCAUUAAUUGACCGAAGGACUUCAUAGAAUAAAGGCUUAAAUAUCUAAACCUCA